AUGGGGUUGUGCUCGUCUAAAAAUUCAACAAUCUCGGAAAAGCCCACUUCAGGCACUGCAACGCAAGCAAAGCGUCAACAGUAUAGCCAAGAUCUCCAAAAACUACAUCUGCAGCAGGAGAAUCAUCCGCGUCAAGAACAGCUACAACCGACCCUACCUAAACAGCAGUCAGCUGGCUCUUCUUCUUCGCGUGUUGAAACUUCAAACAACUCCACCUUGUCGAAGAAUAACCAGUCUACAACUAAAGAGCCGCCAGAGCAACAACCAAAUGGAACAUCAGCAGCAGUUCCAGCGGCAGCAGCUGCAGCGGCAGCGGCUCCGGGAACUGCGCCUGCAACGGCACCACCAGCAACACCAGCGAAAACUACAAGGAAUGGCUCAGCUGCUACCAACAACAACCACGAUGCAAUGGUUGGGCAAGACCCCGUUGAAGCUGCAGCAAGACUGAAUCCUCAGCAAGAAAUCAAAGUGCUAUUGCUCGGCUCAGGCGAAAGUGGUAAAUCCACCGUUGUGAAGCAAAUGAAAAUCUUGCAUCAAAACGGCUAUACUGCUGAAGAACUAUACGAAUACAAGCCAUUUGUGUUUAAGAACAUCAUGGAUUGCAUCAAGAAUGUCAUUAACGCCAUUAUUGAGCUUGAGCCAGAGUUGAUCAAGCCCAAGGAGCAAGCUAAUGACAAAGGAGACGCUGACAAUGUUAAUAAUGUUGACAAUAAAACGGUUGACAAAGGAGACGCUGACAACGUUGAGAAAGAAGUUGACGUUGUUGUUGGUAGUGGCGGCGGCGAAACCACCUCCUCCUCCAGCAAACAUGUCUUGGACUAUGAUGCACUUAACGAAGUCUUGGACUACGAAAUCCCCCUCGAUGGGUCCAACGAUGCAUCAUUCGAUCCCCACAUUGCCCAAGAAAUCUUGGAAAUCUACAAUACACCGCAAGUUAAACAAUUUAUGAUUCACAAACAAGGACAAUUUUACCUCAUUGACUCAACAGACUAUUUCCUUUCCAAUUUGCCGCGAAUAGCUCAGCCGGACUAUAUCCCAAGCACUACAGAUGUGUUACGCACCAGAAAGAAAACCUCGGGGAUCUUUGACUUCAACUUUGACAUGGGCGAAGGGCUAAACAUCCACAUGUUUGACGUGGGCGGACAACGAUCCGAGCGCAAGAAAUGGAUCCACUGUUUUGACAACGUGACCCUGAUCAUCUUUUGCGUCGCAUUGCUGGAGUACGACCAGGUCUUGUUGGAAGAAAACAACCAGAACCGCUUAGAAGAGUCCCUCGCGCUAUUUGACUCCGUGGUCAAUUCCCGCUGGUUCGCACGCACCAGCAUUGUGCUUUUCCUCAAUAAGAUCGACGUGUUUGCUGAGAAAUUGCAGUAUUCACCAUUAGAAGACCAUUUCCCCGAUUAUACGGGUGGCAACAAUAUCAAUAAGGCAGCAAAGUACAUCUUGUGGAGAUUCAACCAGGUGAACCGCUCAGGUUUGAACAUUUAUCCGCACGUGACGCAGGCUACCGACACGGGCAAUAUCCAGUUGGUGAUGGCUGCUGUUAAAGAGACAAUAAUGGAGAAUUCAUUAAGGGACACGGGCAUGCUUCCGUGA